CUAAAACACCAGGCGUAAGAGAUCAAAUAUCAUCAUCUUUUGCUUCGAGCUCUAGUCUCUAAUUUCCUUCCUUUCUAGACUUGCAAAGUACAUAGUAGUAGGCGAAGCCCUGGUGGCAUGGUAUUUUUGUUCAAUUCUCUAGUAAUUCGGGUAGGCCAUUGUAUGGUUUUUCAUUUUGUAUCUCAUUCUUAAUCCCCUUGCCCUGCUGCUUGGCUUCGCACGUUUCUCCCAUUUCGGAGCCAUCCGACAAGAAAAAGCGGUAGCGUAUUAGUUUGGAUCUUUUUGAUUUUUUGUUUUGACGAGCCCGGCGCUUAAGUCCCUUUCUACCUUCCAAUAGUCCGUGCUGAGCUUCGUAUUAUUUUCCGUUUACUCCUCUUUUCAUAAUUACUACUUUCGCUUCAUUUCGCUAUAUUCUAUUCUCCCUUUUCGGAUUGCUGGUCAAGGUGUGUAAGUGCUGUCGCGCUAACCCUCGAAGCCGAAUUUUUGAUAUUAUUAUAUUCUUUUUGCCUCUUUUUUGUUGUUUAACAACCCACACACUCGUUCGUCGACUACGACAGCCUAAAAUUUACUAUACGAGACGCCGGUCGUCGAUAACACUUCGAAAAUACUAUUACGCUUACUAGGGGGGAAUAGAAGGAGAGAGAAAGUACCUCGUGGACUAGGAGACGGGAACACUAGGUAGCCGUGGAUUUCCACCGAAAUUGCAGGGACGUCCGCUUUCGCGCAAACAGAUCAAGAUGGUGAACAAGGUGCUUGCGACCUUCGUGACCAUGGACAUUUUGUUCGUGGCCAUGGGGGCUAUCAUGUUGGGAUUUUCAGUUAUCGUCCAGCAAACGUGUUUCGAUACGCCGACAGAAGGAAACGAAGCAGCUCGAGACUUACUUUAUCGGAGAUUCCCUUUUACAGCUGGAAUUGUUAAUGCCGUCUUCAUUUUCGUUACCUUCUUAACUACGCUCCCCGCACUGGCAACGAACAGCAGGAGUUGGUUGAAGGUUGCUGUUUGGAUGGUCGUUGUGGAUGCCGUCUUCACCAUGGCUAUCGGUUUGAACUUAUGGAUUCUCACAUUAAGAAUGAAGGAAGCAUUCCUCGAGAUCUGGCUUUCGCAACCGCCUCAAGUGCAAGAUCUCAUGCAAACAGCCUUUUCCUGCUGCGGCUUCAACAACAGCACUUCCCCAGCUUUCGUCACCGAUGCGAUUUGCCCCAGCCCUGCUGCUGCUGCCCUUAUGCGAGGUUGCUCUACCCCCUUAACUUCGUUUGGAAACACAUUCGUGGACAACAUUUUUACCGCUAUGUUUGGCAUGGUCGGUAUCGAUGCUGUUUUAGUUAUGUCUAUCGCCUGUCUAUUGAAGGACCGAAAGGAGCGUGAACGGUACCGCGAUAUCGAUGAGAAGAGUGGUGCGCGAGGCACUUUCUAAACUAGCUGGCUUGGUUAAGAAGGUCUCUUUGAAAAUACCGUGCCGGAAAGAACUCGAGAAGUUCGCUUAAUAUGCUGAUAAUUUGGCGAAGCAGCUGGGAGUCCCCCAAGAUCUGCUGGGCUGCUCUGUUCGAGUAGGUCCUUAUUGUGAUUUAGACCAAUUGUUAAUAGCGGCUUUUAUAUCUGAGUAUCAUGCAUGCUUUCAGCGUUUUCUAUGUAUUCAAAAUUUAUGUUUACGAUAGUAUUUUUGUAGUAUAUUCUCUAGCCGUGUAAGCACGAUACAUAUUUACUUCAACGUCAGUUUGGUCCUCUCAUCCUGUAAUUGCUAUAUAGUUCUAAGAGUUGGUGUGAUAAAUGUUGGUCGAAGUUGUGACUACACCUUGAAGGUGGUUUAAAGGGGACUACGCUCUAGGCAUAGCAAUUUCAAUCAUGUCAAUUACUUCAAACACAGCAGCAUGUGGGGAAACUAUUUAUUCUCUACACUAUUAUGCAAGAAUCAACAGUGAAGUAUGGCAACAUUCCAAAAUCCUUCAUAGCUC